AUCUCAGGGUAGAUUUCGAUUGGAAUUCGAUUUCAUCCAUCAUCCAACUCAUUUCAACACUUGAAAAAUGAAGAACAUUCAAAUCAACAACAACUUACGAUCAAAGCUUUAUCAACUUUCAAAUUCAUCACAUUCAAUCAGAACAACCAUCUUCAAAUCAAAUCAAUCUACUCAUCACCCAAUCAAACUAAUAAGCUCAUCAACAAAUCCAAGACCGUGUCUCUUACCACAAUCUAAUCAUCUCAAUUUACAUUUCAAAUCGAUUGUCAAUACUCGUUAUUUCACUUGUGGAUCUAAACCUUUGGCCAAAUCUUAUGAACCCAAAAGAGGUCCUUAUAAAUCAAUCACUUUAGAUGAUAUUAAUCAGUUUAGAAAAAUCUUGAAUAGACCUGGAAGUGUUUUAAGUUCAUUAGAAAAUGAUCCGGAUCGAAUUCAUCAAUCUGAUCUGGAUGUGUUUAAUCAUGAUUGGAUGGGAAAGUAUAAAGGACAAUCUAAAGUAGUAUUAAAACCUAAAUCAACUGAAGAAGUUAGUAAAAUAGUAGGAUAUUGUGUAAAGGAACGUUUGGCUAUUUGUCCUCAAGGUGGUAAUACAGGUUUAGUAGGUGGAUCGGUACCUGUUUUUGAUGAAGUGAUCUUAUCUUUAAAUGGUUUAUCAAAUAUCAGAUCAUUUGAUUCAACAAGUGGUAUCUUGACGGCAGAUGCAGGUUGUAUUCUUCAAUCACUUGAUGAGUUUGUAAAAGAAAAAGGGUAUAUUGUGCCACUAGAUUUAGGAGCCAAAGGAUCAUGUCAAAUCGGUGGAAAUGUGGCGACUAAUGCUGGUGGAUUAAGGUUACUUCGAUACGGAUCUCUACAUGGGUCUGUGUUGGGACUAGAAGUCGUUUUGCCAGAUGAGAAUGGUACUGUACUGAGUAGUGGGAUGAAGACUGGGUUAAGGAAAGAUAAUACAGGUUAUGAUUUAAAACAAUUGUUUAUCGGAUCAGAAGGAACUUUAGGGAUCAUUACAGGCGUAUGUAUCUUAACACCUAAAAGAUCAAGUAGUAUGAAAGUAGCUUUAUUAUCUGUAUCAGAUUACCAAACUAUUCAAAAAGUUUAUAAUAAGACGAGAGAAUCGUUGGGUGAAAUUCUUUCGGCUUUUGAGUUCUUUGAUCAAGAUUGUUUUGAGUUGGUCAUGGAUCAUACUAAGCAAAAGGAUCCGUUUGAAGGAGGUGAAGUGGAUGGGAAAAAGAAUGGGUUUUAUGUUUUGAUUGAAACGAGUGGGAGUAAUGAAGAUCAUGAUGAUCAGAAAUUAAAUGAACUACUUGAAAGUUUAAUUGAAGAUGAGAUCAUUAAGAAUGGAGUCUUAGCACAAGAUCAAACUCAAUUUCAAUCGAUUUGGUCAUUAAGAGAACAGAUUCCAGAAUCGAUUGGUAAGUUUGGUAAGACUUAUAAGUAUGAUGUGAGUUUACCUAUUGGUAAGAUGUAUGAAUUAGUUUUGAAAACUCGUAAAAGGUUUGAUGAGAAUGGAUUGAUGGGAAAUGGAAUGGGAGAUGAAGCGAUCGUUAAGGCUGUGGUUGGGUAUGGUCAUCUUGGAGAUGGUAAUUUACAUUUAAAUAUAGUGACCAAAGAAUGGAAUCCUCAAGUUGAAAGAUUAAUUGAACCAUGGAUUUAUGAAUGGAUCUCGAAUGAAAAUGGAUCGAUCUCAGCCGAACAUGGAUUAGGUUUAAUGAAAUCACCUUACAUUAAGUAUUCUAAAGAUUCGGUUCAUUUGGAUUUAAUGAAAUCUUUGAAAAACUUGUUGGAUCCGGUUGGGAUUUUGAAUCCGAAUAAAUAUUUUGUUUAGGUGUUUUAGUGAUGAUGGAAUGAUUGAUUUGUUGAUGAUUGAUUGAUUGAUUGGAAUUUGAUACUUUUGUUUGGGUUGAGUUUAGAUUUGUGGGGGUUUUGAAAUUUUUAUUAUAUACUUGGUUAUGAGAAUGAUGAGAAAAAAAUUGGGUUUGAUCAAAUAGAAAGAUUUGAUUUGAAUUGAAUCGAAUUCUCGGGGAUUCUUUUU